AUGAAGGGAGAAGGCCUGCAGACCUUCCUCACUCGAUUCAAUAUGGAGUCUUCGGGCAUACCAGAUUGCAAUCAAGACACAGCCAUAGAAGCAUUCAAGAUAGGCAUGGUGCAAGGCUCACGUUUCCAUUAUUUUCUAGAAAAAAAGACCCCAACUAACAUGUCGAAGCUGAAUUCACGGGCACAAAACUACAUCAGACUAGAAGAAAAUGAAGUAACUAGACAACAGAGAGCAACACUAGUCACAGUAGAGAAUUGGCAGAAGGAGCGAUCGAGCACCCCGAGGGCCCAUCAGGAACCCCCGGCCAUUGAGGGACGAGCCCCUGAAAAGAAAUCUCGAACGGCCAAAAGAGUCACACCGCUUAAAGUAACACUGGCCAGACUGUACCAAGAGACCAAGGCAAGAAACAUCUUCCAGAUCCCACCACCAAUCAGACAACCAAUAGAGCAAAGAGACCAGAGUAAACACUGUGCAUUCCACAGUAAUUUUGGUCACUUGACUAAUGAUUGUAGGAGCUUAAGAAGACAAGUGGAAGCGUUAAUAGCCAAGGGCGAGUUAACUGAUUACCUGAUUACCCCGGGACAACAAAGGCAGCAGGAUCAGGCCCGGGCAAUUCCAAAAGCCGUGGGAGAGAGCCAUCUUGUCCAAGUAAUCAACACAAUUCAUGGCCGUCCGAAAGAGGACAAACAAUCAGGAAAUUCCUAUAGGAUCCAGCUUAAACAAGCGCAUAAGCUGCGGAGGAUUGGGGAAAUCAAUACCGUUGACUGCAAACCUAAUCCAGCACAAGUUUCUUUUCAUAUAUAG